AUGUCAACUAAUCCCGUUGAUAAGGUUUUUGACACAUUCUACAUCUGGUAUACGAAGGCAGCUAACAAGGGAGUACGCGUGUUGGAAAAUAUUAAAGAGCUCAAAUCAACAACAACUACUGAACCGAUUGUAAAGCAGCAAGUUAAUGCGAAUACUUUAAUUGACCAUCUCUAUGCCCAAAGGUAUAAGAUAUUACCUAUUUUGGGUAUAAGUGCCUCUGCACUAUUAAUUUGGACACUUUUCCCGCGUAUUAUUCAUUCUGUACCAACGCAUUUGAAGGAAUGCGACCGACAAUGUGUCUUGGUCCUAGGCCAUUUGCGUGAUCCGAUAACGAGACAUGUGGUGAUGGACCUCUAUAGGCGUGGAUUUACCGUAUGCGUUUGCUCAGAGAAUUGCGGUGACCAAAACGAUGAUGAGGGACUCUUCCACAUUGAGCAUAGUGAAUUGAAUAAGUUUAUUAAUCUCUUAAACGAGAAGUCAUUAAAGCUGACUUCUAUUUUACUGAUUCCAAAUUCUGCAUAUUAUCCAUCCGGCUUAUUCACAAAUUUAUCUAAUAGUAGUGUUCAAUUUGAAUUUGAGCAGAAUAUCAUGAAACCUUAUCGAGUACUUACAAAACUGCUUCCUCACUUCAAUUAUAAAAUACAGAUAAUUCUUCUAAGUCCAUCUCUGCCGCAAAACUUUGGUAUUCCACAUCACUCUCCGGAAAUUUUAAUUGCUGGAAUGGUACGUUCACUUUACACCAUCAUUAGCACAGAAUAUUCCACAUGUGAUACAUACUUGUGCCACUUGGGGUUGCUUCAAAUAGCCGCAAAUCCCAGUAACUAUAAAUACCUGUCUACAAGAGGUUCCAAUAUCAACAAAUCUCUAUUGGAGCCACUGUUUCGCCUUAUUCUGUCGAAAUCGAGUAGAUGGUUGACCAUAUUAGAAUUCUUUCGAGGACACCAGAGAUUUUAUGGUAGAGGAAGUCUCAUAGGCUACUAUUUCGGUAGUUGGUUACCAGUAAGUAUUUUGAAUAUUUUUUGA